CUUACCGCAGUUUAUUAUAUGUUUCAUGCCCGUGAUAAUUACUUUUAUAAUGCCGCUUGUGAAAAAAUUGAUCAGAUUAGGAUGAAUCACCUUGCUGGCCAACAGUUAUUGGAAUCAUUCUCCACGUGUGACUUCGUUGCACUAUUACAAAAUGUGGCAGGAUAGACCUGCCCAGCCAUUGUUGCCGGUGUUCAUUUGUAAUGCUGCCUUAAGGAGAUGAGGACAUGAGAGCCAAUUGUUCCAGCAGCUCAGCCUGCCCUGCCAACAGUUCAGAGGAGGAGCUGCCAGUGGGACUGGAGGUGCAUGGAAACCUGGAGCUCGUUUUCACAGUGGUGUCCACUGUGAUGAUGGGGCUGCUUAUGUUCUCUUUGGGAUGCUCCGUGGAGAUCCGGAAGCUGUGGUCGCACAUCAGGAGACCCUGGGGCAUUGCUGUGGGACUGCUCUGCCAGUUUGGACUCAUGCCUUUCACAGCUUAUCUCCUGGCCAUCAGCUUUUCUCUGAAGCCAGUCCAAGCUAUUGCUGUUCUCAUCAUGGGCUGCUGCCCGGGGGGCACCAUCUCUAACAUUUUCACCUUCUGGGUUGAUGGAGAUAUGGAUCUCAGCAUCAGUAUGACAACCUGUUCCACCGUGGCCGCCCUGGGAAUGAUGCCACUCUGCAUUUAUCUCUACACCUGGUCCUGGAGUCUUCAGCAGAAUCUCACCAUUCCUUAUCAGAACAUAGGAAUUACCCUUGUGUGCCUGACUAUCCCUGUGGCCUUCGGUGUCUAUGUGAAUUACAGAUGGCCAAAACAAUCCAAAAUCAUUCUCAAGAUUGGGGCCAUUGUUGGUGGGGUCCUCCUUCUGGUGGUCGCAGUUGCUGGUGUGGUCCUGGCGAAAGGAUCCUGGAAUUCAGACAUCACCCUUCUGACCAUCAGUUUCAUCUUUCCUUUGAUUGGCCAUGUCACAGGUUUUCUGCUGGCACUUUUUACCCACCAGUCUUGGCAAAGGUGCAGGACGAUUUCCUUAGAAACUGGAGCUCAGAAUAUUCAGAUGUGCAUCACCAUGCUCCAGUUAUCUUUCACUGCUGAGCACUUGGUCCAGAUGUUGAGUUUCCCACUGGCCUAUGGACUCUUCCAGCUGAUAGAUGGAUUUCUUAUUGUUGCAGCAUAUCAGACCUACAAGAGGAGAUUGAAGAACAAACUCGGAAAAAAGAACUCAGGUUGUACAGAAGUCUGCCACACAAGGAAAUUGACUUCUUCCAAAGAGACUAAUGCCUUCUUGGAGGUGAAUGAAGAAGGGGCCGUCACUCCUGGGCCACCAGGGCCAAUGGAUUGCCACAGGGCUCUCGAGCCAGUUGGCCACAUCACUUCAUGUGAAUAGCAGGGACUUGCUGGCUGGACUGGCAACCUUCUUUUUCGGUGGCCAGUAAAGAGAUUGUGCAGCUGACACAUGAAUCUUGUUGGUAGGGCCAGUGUGAAUA